AUAAAUAUCCACUCACAAUUUCACCCCCGGCCAGUUCUUCGAGCGACUUUCUUGAUUUUGGUCCACCCUUGGCUUCCUCUACCUUCUUCAUCAAGAAAUGCCGCCUCCUUACCGGUCAAAUCAGCAACGACCCCUGUUAUAUUCAUUGCGAUCUCUUUUUAAGCUCGAAUUCUUUUAGUUCAUAACUUCCCAAAAGCUGGGCAUUUCAUUCGAGUUUUAGUUAAAAAAAAAGUGGUGUUCAAGAUCGGAUCGCAUUCCCACAAGCAUGAUGCUUCCGCUUUUGAAGCUAGGGACGCUCGCUUUGAAGACCCUGAGCAAACCCGUUGCUAGCAGACUCAAGAAGCAGGCUGCCAUUCACCCCAGGUUCCGUCAAUACAUCGUUAGGAUGGCCCAGGCUAACCAUAGAAUUACAACAAGGAUGCAAAGGCACAUCUAUGGUCAUGCAACGGAUGUCGAGAUUCGGCCUUUAAAUGAGGAAAAAGCAGUUCAAGCUGCUGUAGACCUUAUUGGAGAAUUCUUUGUCUUCUCGGUUGCAGGAGUUCUGUUGAUCGUUGAGGUACAAAGGAGUGCAAGAUCUGAAGCAAGAAAGGAGGAGAGACGCAAGCAAGAGGUGGAGGCUGUGAGACAAAGAAAUGAAGAAAUUGCGGAAGAAGUUGAACUUCUUAAGCAUAAAAUUCAAGAACUGGAAAAACUGGCCAGGGGACAAGGACUCAGUGGAAUCCUGAAUUUUAGACUUGGCAGUACAGAAGAUGGAAAGACAGGAAAAGUUGCUUGACCUGAUGAAUCAAUAUUGUUUCGGGGUAAAUAUCAAUUUAACUUCCUUGUGGUUCGGGUUAUUUGCACGUCAUGAUAUCUGAUUGUCACCUUGAGCUUAUUUCAUUCUUAUAUGCUGAGACAAAUAAGCUCACGUGUUAUUUUUUUGCCUGAAAUAAGGUCAAGUUUCAUUGGAACAAAUAACAUGGGUAAUUGAGAAUGCAGCUAAGCUUUAAAAUCUUA